UGUUUUUUACCCACUGUUCUACUACUGCAUCUAUACUGCUGAAUUUUAUCCAUCAACGAUAUCAUUCAUGAAGAACCUAUUGCCAAACUUCUCCGCUUCUAAAAGGGGGAAUCGCAUUGUGAAAGGUGGGGCGUCACCCAAAAAGCCACUAGACGACGUAGAUUUUGUCGCAUCCGCUCGAAAAACACCACAAAACACCAGAUAUGAAGUCCACAAUCAUCCCAAACUUCCGGUGGCAGACAGUAUGUCACGGCCUCAAAUUGAGGAUGAUGGGAAGUAUACCCACUCAUCAUUCACCGGCAGUUCAACAGCUCUUGUAAAGCAGUCAACAUCUGCCAGCGACGAGGAGAAGAUUCCAGUGGAUCAGAUAAUUGAAAGCUCUGCAAUAAAAAUGUCGGCAAACAACAACGAGGGUCCCGUGGGACUGUCAAAUGACUUCAUGCUCGCUGGUGAUCGUAACGAGUCGAAUGUCGAAUUCCAUGUUCACUCUACAGAUGCAAAGCCCGUGGCGGAUGCUAUUAGCAGCAAGAUAACUGAGGCCGCUCAGAAAUUUCCUGCUUUGAGUCUCAUUCCUAGAGAUAAUCCAGAAGCGGCAAUCGAACAUGUUCUAGAAGGAUAUGCGGCCUUGGACAGGGCGUGUAAUCAACUUUACUCCACGAACCGCGAUCUAGAAGCAAGCUCCACAGUCGCAGGUGCUAGUUUGAUGAGAAGAGAGAUGAGAGAGCUAAGAACUAAACUGGCCGCUUACGAGAGGAGUUAUUCCAAGCUAUCGGACGAAAGGAACCAGCUAAUUAAGGAAAACCGGAAAAUUGAAAAUGGUUACGAAUCCAACAUAGCUCGUAUGAAGAGCCAGCACGCAAGUGAAAUUGAAAAACUAGAAGCAAAGAUCUCGAAGACGAAGAAGAAGAGGGCGGAAGCCAAGCUAUGGUUCAAUACGGAACUAGGGAAGAUCCGUGGCUCUCAUCAACGUGAGAUCGGCAAUCUCGAGAAGGAGCACGAAAAGACGCUAUCACAGGCGAGAGAUCUUAGGAUUGCCGAUCUUCGGGAUCAGGACGAAGACCAUACAAAGAAGCUGAGUGCAUUGAGAUUCGCACACGAAAAUGAAACGGCAAUGCUACGGCGAACUAUCGAAGUCACGAAACACGAGUAUGGGAAGCGCAUAUUAGACGAGAAAGCAACGCAUGAGGCACAACUCCAAGAGUCACAGGAACAGAUCGAGAAAGCAAAGAAAACGGUAGAGGACGAGCGCGUCAAGAUGCGCGCCGAAUCUGAGGACAUUCUAAAAGACAACGAGAACCUUAAAGGUGCUCUGGUCAGAAGGGAGCACAUACGUGGUUUGACUGACCCGCAGCUUGGAGCUCGCUUUAAGAAAAUCGCCGGUCAGGUUGAGCACAUAUCAAGACUUACGUGGGACAGCGAAAAGGAAUCAUCCUGGCCAUUUCCUGAACAUGUGCUUCAACAGAUAUAUCCAGAAAAUCCAAGAAAACUAAGACAGCAGAUUGUGCAGAACACUCUAUGGCAAAUUCUGUUUGAGAGAAUCUUCAGCACCCCUUUCAAGGUGGUUGGGACACAAGGAAAGCACUUGGAUGAGGAGUGGAUGAGAGAAUUUUGCGCAGAUUUUCCAUCGUCUAUCUCGGAAGGCUGGCCUCCUGCAACGCCAGAGUCGGAGAAAAAGCGCUAUGAGACUGCGAAGAAGUUUCUAGAAGCAUUCCAAGCGGGUGAAAACGCAAGUCAACAGGACAUCGCACGAAACAAAAGACUGGAAGAAUCUUUGAUGCUGAUCUCAGAGGAUAUUGCUGGUGCUAUACGGAGGAUUUCCAGCGUGGAAGCCCAUAUUGAGCGAAAUCUGCUCGAUCUCGUCAAAUUGUGCGGGCAACUAUGGCUCGAAGUGUGCUCUCAGCGGUAUAGGGUCAAUAUGGUACUUCCCACGGAUGCUCAAGACCUCUUGAUAGCUCCUUUUGAAGGCAUUGGAAAACUGAAACUGGUCAUAAAACCAGAAUUGAGAAGAACAGGUAAUUCGCAAGGGCUAGAAUUAUCAAAAGAAGAGGUGAUAAGUGGUUGGAAAGGCGUUCAUGUCGAACACACCACGAAUAUCUGAGAUGUUCGUGUAAGGCAACAUUCUGGCUUUUACAUGGCGAUCCGCAUCUGCAAACCAUAAAUUAAGUGGGAAGUGUGUCUGUAACUUGGAAGUACCACAAUGCACUGAGCUU